AUGGCAUUUCCGGUGAGUUUUUUAAGUCUAUACCUUAUGACUUGGUAUAUAUCCUCUCAUGUCAGAGCAUUUCCAACAGGAGUAAUUACGCCAGCUAAUAAGUUAGACUCACUAGAAAUCCCCAUAACAAGAGUGGAAAAUCCAUUUCGUAAUGCGUUGCGUAAAAGGUCUGGAUCUGGACUCGAAAUCGAUUUGAGGUACGAACAGGAUCUGUUCUAUGCCGCUACCCUAGAUAUUGGAACGCCUGUUCAAGAGAUAACAGUACUGUUUGAUACCGGUUCGUCCGAUAUGUGGGUGAUGAGCUCAGUAAAUCCAUACUGUUUACCUGAAAAAGGUACUGCUACCUAUUCUAAUAAAAGUUAUAAUGGUGGAGAAAUAUCUCCAUCCAUCGACUGUCAAUUAAGUGGCACUUAUGAUGCCAAUGUAUCAUCGAGCAUUCAGAAACUUGAUAUAGGUAGAUUCUAUACAAAUUACUCCGAUGGCUCUUUUGCCGAUGGAUAUUGGUGCAGGGAAAGAUUAGUAUUGAACGGCAGAGAUAUUUCAAAUUUACAGUUUGGGGUUGCUGAUGUUGCCUCAACUCCGGCAGGAGGUGUUCUUGGCAUUGGUUUCCAGAGCUUAGAAUCGGUCCGUGGCUAUAGUGACGCACCCGGUGAUUUCUAUCCCAACUUUCCACAAGUCUUGAAGAAUGAAGGGCUAAUCAACACUGUUGCCUAUUCGUUGCACUUGAAUUCGAAUUCAGGUUCCAUAGUAUUUGGAGCAACUGAUAGAACAAAGUUUGCUGGAGACAUGUACACCUUUCCGAUGGUUAACCAGUAUCCAAACAUAGUUGAUAAGCCAGCGACAUUAGCAAUCACAUUGCAGGGACUUGGUAUUAGAAGCGCUAAAAAGUGUAAACAAAAAACUGUGACUACGACUAAGACAGCAGCACUUCUAGACUCUGGCACAAGUUUAAUGAGUGCACCCCAAAAUAUUCUUCAAGAUAUGGCUUCAUUCGUCAACGCUUUCUACAGUGAAAAAGAUCAAAUUUAUAUGCUCAAAUGCCCACCAAGUGAUGACGAUACAGAAUUCCAUUUUGAUUUUGGAGACCUCACAAUCAAAGUACCGCUUUCCAACCUUAUUCUGCAGCCACCUCAAAAUGGGUAUUGCGGAUUUGGAGUUUUACCCGGUGACGAAUCCUUUACCUUGGGCCAAGUCUUUCUAUCUUCCGCAUAUGUCGUAUAUGAUUUGGACCAUUAUCAAAUAUCACUUGCCCAGGCAAGGGCUAAUAGUCAGAUUUCAGAAGGCCAAGUUGAACAGAUUCCUGAAAAUGGAAAUAUCCGAGAUGCUAUACGGGCAAGUGCAAUGCCUUGGUCAUCGACAGAGCCUUUCUCCGUUACUUCAGAUAUAUUUGAAGGAAACGUACUACAUUGCACGUCUCGUCAAUCAGCUAACUUUACAACAUCUUCAAAUUUGUAUCAAAGUAAACCUACUAGCCCAAAUAAUGCGAGAUAUCCAUUAGCAAGGUCAACAGCGUCGUCAUUCUCCGUCAUAGAAUCUGCCCCGCUAUCCAGAUCAGUACGGGCCAGCGGCACCUACAGUUCAAUGAUUAGUCUUGCAACUACUAUUGCGGCAUCUGUAUUUGACAAGUCACAGGAUACAACCAGUGGAGUAAGCUCAAUGUCUUUACAUACAAUCGGGGCUCCAGAGGCAUCGAUUAAAUCUGCAAGUUCAUUAUCUAUUACUUCUAGUGGAAUAAGCGCAUUACCCAUCUCAAGUUCUACUAACGCCUCACCUAAUUCUAAUCCUGGCAAGGAAGUAAAUACAAAUGCAACUAAAUCACACUCGAAGAGAUCGACUUUCAAACCGGCCAAAAAGUCAACUACUUCACAGCAGCAUAUAACUGAUCGUUCUAUACUUGUUACAACAGCCACGAAGAUUAUUCAUUUAACCACCACGGUUACUGCGAAAUUCUGUACACUCUAG